CACGUGCGUCGGACGCCGAAGCGGUCGGUUGUUGUAAAAAUGUUCUCUUGUGUGUAUGUUGUGUUUGCGCUGUGUUUUGGAGCGGCUUUUAGUGGGGAUGUCUACAAAGCGGCCAUAGUGGAUUCUACAAAACAAUUUAAUGUUAAUCAUUAUGAGGCAUUGAUACAUGAAGCAGUUAAAUCGGGUGCUGACAUAUUGAUUUUACCAGAAGAAAUUUUGUCCAAAACGGACUUGGAGUCAUGUGGCCCUUGUGCUAAUAAUUAUGAUGAGAUAGUGAAAACAGUAUCAAAUGCAGCGCAGUCAGCUCGGAUGUACGUCGUGACGCACGUGAAUGAGAGAAUAAAAUGCCAACAAGGACACGAUUUUGUUAGGAGUAAUUUGGUUUUUGAUAGACGUGGCGAUGUUGUCUCUGUUUAUAGAAAACCGUUGAACAACGCAAAUUGCAAUACCACAUUUUCAAACACAGCGACUUUUUCCACCGAUUUUGGAGUUAAAUUCGAAGUAAUCAUGGAAGAAGAUCUCGUUGUGAAAAAUGUAAAAGAUAUGGCAUUGAAGAAUUAUGUGCUUUUGGGUGCUUGGGGACAUGAGAAUCAAUUUCUAUCUGCAUCACACUUCGCGUCAUCUUGGGCAUAUAUUACUAAAGCUAAUGUAAUUUCUACCAACGGUGUUCAUGGCAAUACUGGAACGAGUACGAAAUAUGGCAACAUUAUCGUCAACGUACUGGAAAAAGCGGGAAAUGCCCACCCUCAAAUCACAACCAGCCCCUCAAACACGGUCUCCGAAGACUGGAGACAGUACAUCAUCAGGCCCUUGGACCUGGACCGCAGUACCCACGGGUAUACGGAAAGCGUGUGCCAUGGACAAUUCUGCUGUCAGUUCUAUGUGAAGACUGAGGGUUCAAAACAUAACCACUUAACAUACGGUUUAGUAGCAUACGACGGUUUAUUCAACAUAGGGCGCGGUCACAUAGUCGGAUCGCAGAGCUGUGCGCUGGUUGCUUGUGCGGGAUUGUAUAAGCGAUCUUGUUUUGUACAAUCAGAAAAUAACUCCACAAACGUGAACUUCGAGAAAAUCACAAUUAGUGGCAACUUCAGUAAGAACGCCGUUCCAUUCCCAACUUUCCUAACAACAACAGAAACAACAAUCAACAACUUUGAUUUCGAACAACAACUUACACAAAAACAUAUGCAGGUAAAUGCAGAAAUAAAUAAUAUAGAUAAUUUAUUACGAUUCGGUAUUUUCAGUCGAGAAUAUGAAAGUGAUUUUGUUUCGGAAAAUAAUAAAAAUUCAUCGGAAAACCUGGAAUUUUCCAAUUAUAUUUCAAGUGAAAAUGUUGAAGAAUUUUUCGAUUAUGUCUGGAUUCGAUUGAGGAUUGUUAUUUUGGUUGUUUCUAUAUAUAUUUUGGAAAUGAUGUAAAAUAUAGUAUUUAAAUUUUAAACUAUAACAUGUGCUAAUAAAUGAACGAAUCUUAAAUGAUUCUUCUGUCUCGCUUGCACUUUGGAGAAUAAUAGCAUGCUAUCUCUCUCGCACUUGUUAGCCGCCAGAUUCAUAUUAUGUAUUUGAAUUGUAAUUUAAUAACUUUUUCCAAUUUUUCAUGGAAAAUAUAUAUUGUGUAAAAUGUAUAAACGAUGGGAUCUUCCAAGGAUUGAAUGAAGUAAUUUAUUAUAAAGUUGUUUUUGCAAAGUGCUCAACUGAUAAAAUUUUAUAUUUUUAUAUGUCUAGAAUUCUAAGGAGGAUAUAAGUAGGUUAUUUUAUAAUGUGGAUGGGUGUGUAAAAAAAAAUAAUUUUUUAAUGAAAUAACGCGAAAUAUCAACAUCGAGCAAUUUUUUCCUAAGAAGCUAAGAAUUGGCAAUAUCAAUAUUUUUAAUAUUUCAAAGAAUUCUAAAUGUUCUAAACUCUAUAAACUUAUAGCAUGCUAUCUAUAUUAUAAGCAUUGUUAUAGAGCCCUUGUACGUAACACCGUGAGUUAAAAAAUGAUGCAUUUAUAAUGUAUAGACAGGUCAAUAACAAAUGCGAAUUGAUUUUUUUAUUAAAAGUUGUAAUAUCUGCAUAGUCAAUAUUAUUUCCAGUGUUUAAGAACCGUUGUGAUAAUUGUACAAAAUUUGAUUCAAUUUAUUAUAUUUGUAAAUUAUUGAAUCGCACGUUAGAAUAAG